AUGAUCAGCAGUUGGAGUUGCAGACUGCUGCUGCUGCUCAUGCUGAUGAUGAUGCACUGCAGCAGACACCUGGGCACAAACGCCUACAACAUCGAUCUGCCCAGUUACGUGCGGCAUCGACAAGCUGGCAACACCAUGUUCGGCUUCAGCAUUGCGUUGCACAAGGCCCGCAACGAUUUCCCAACUUCAAUUCGUAAAUUGAUUGUGGGUGCGCCCAAAUUCGAUACAUCCACCUAUCAGGAGCGCAUUAAGGAGGCUGGCGCCGUCUUCAAGUGUACGAUGAAUGAUGAUGACUGCCAGUUGGUGGCAUUCGAUUCCAAAGGUAACAAUCGCAAUACAUAUGGCCAAAUCAUCGAACGCAAGUCAUUUCAGUGGCUUGGUGCCACUGUGGCCACCGGACGGGACAGCGACUUGGUUGUGGCCUGCGCACCGCGCUACGUAUACCACUCGAUGACGCCAUCGUUGUCGCUGCGCUAUGAUCCGGUCGGCACCUGCUUCACCUCGCACAACUUCAAGCAGUUCUAUGAGAUAUCGCCGUGUCGCACAAGUCAGGCGAUUUCGCAGGAUGUGACCAAGCCGGAGAAUCAAGUGUUCUCCACGGCCGAAAGUUCAUCGGCCAGUGAUGAUUCGUAUUUGGGUUACUCAAUGACCACCGGUGACUUUGAUGCCGAUCGCACCGAGGAUGUCGCCAUCGGAAUGCCACGUGGCGCCAAUCUACUUGGCAAGAUCGUUGUCAAUCGCUGGAAUAUGGCCAACAUAUUUAACAUAACGGGUCGCCAGAUCGGUGAAUACUUUGGCUAUGCUCUCGCCUCCAGUGAUGUCGAUGGUGAUGGCCUCGACGAUCUGAUCAUCGGUGCACCAAUGUAUACCGAGCCCGGCAAUGUUGAGGGCAAAUACGAUGUGGGACGUGUCUAUGUACUGAUCCAGGGCGGCCCAUCCGUGUCGGACCACUGGAUGGUGGAGCAUAUACGCGACGGUUUCCAUACGAAGGGUCGCUUUGGCUUGGCGCUGACCACGUUGGGCGAUGUGAAUGGCGAUGGGUAUGGCGAUUUCGCUGUCGGUGCACCCUACGAUGGACCCGAGGGUCGUGGCAUUGUCUACAUUUAUCAUGGAUCCGCACAGGGUCCGCUAACGAAGCCAUCGCAGAUCAUUAAGGCCGAGCAGUUGGUGGAGUCGGCACCGUAUCCGCGCACCUUUGGCUUUGCACUGUCCGGUGGCGUUGAUAUGGAUGGCAAUACGUAUCCGGAUUUGGCCGUUGGUGCCUAUGCCUCCGAUCAGGUAUACAUCUUCAAAUCACGUCCCGUGGCCGCUGUCAAUGCGGAGACGGUGUUUUCAAGCACAACGAAACUGAUCAGCCUGGACGAUCGCAGCUGUGAGCUGAAGCGGGAUCGCAAGCAGGUGCCGUGCAUGCCGCUGAGCACCUGCUGGAGCUACACCGGUCGCUAUCUGCCCAAUCAAUUGGACUUUGAGGUGUCGUGGCUGCUGGACGCGAAAAAGAUUCGCAAUCCGCGCAUGUUCUUCAUUCGCGACGAGGGCAAGAAUAUACGCAACCAGACCAUACGCUUGACCUAUGGCCAGCGGUAUUGCUUGAAUGAGACCGUCUAUCUUAUGGAUAGUGUCAAGGAUAAGUUGACACCACUCGAGGUCGAGGCACGCUACAAUCUGCGCAGCAGUCGUCCCCUCGAACCGUUGGUGCGACGACGUCGCGAGGCCCUCGAACCGGUCAUCGAUCAGAAUCGCGAGAUCAUUCUACGGGACUCGAUCAACAUUCAAAAGAACUGCGGACCGGACAACAUCUGUGAACCAGAUCUGGCGCUGACCGUCACUGCUGUGGAAAAGUAUCUGUUUGUGUCGGGCGAACCGCUGACCAUUGAGGUGCUCAUCAAGAACAACAACGAGGAUGCUUUCGAGGCUGCCUUCUAUAUGAUAACGCCAAAGGAUUUGCAGUUCACCAAAUUGCAGCAGCUCGGUGAAAAGAUCGAUAUGCCCAUCACCUGUUCAGCUCCGGAUGGCAGCAACAAUUACACCCUCAAAUGCGACAUUGGCAAUCCCCUCAAGGGUGGCAACAUGACACACUUUGCUGUUAGUUUUGUGCCAGCCGAGAAGCAUACGAAGACUUCCAGCUAUGAUUUCUACUGGGAGGCGAAUUCAACAAAUCCGGAGAGAAAGAACUCCAAAUUCGAUAAUAUUGGUAGCAAAAGCAUUGGCGUCUGGGUGGAAACGGAUCUAACGAUCAAGGGCACCUCGCUGCCCGACUAUCAGGUGUACAAGGCGUCUGAUUACAAGGCACCGGGCAAUGCGACCAUCGAGGAGGAGAUCGGGCCACAGGUGGUGCACAUCUAUGAGCUGCGCAACAAUCUCAGCUCAUUCAUUGAGGGCGCCAUCGUCGACAUCUAUUAUCCAUAUCAAACCGAGUCCGGUGAUCCAUUGAUGUAUGUGCUCAAUCAGCCAGAGACUGGCGGCAAAAUCCGUUGCGACAUGAUCGAGGUCAAUGAGUUGGGUCUCAAACUCAACGAGAAGCAAAAGAAUAAAUCCUAUCUGCAUGCUCAGGGUGCCAUCAGCAAUUCGAUGAAUGUGGAUGCUGGUGCUGGUGCUGGUGCUGCUGAUGGUGGCCACUUGGAGAUACCGAAUGAUGCACAAACUGGGGGCACUGUACGCGUCAACGUUGGCAACGACAAUCAGCGUCGGCUGACACCCAAGCAGAAGGAGCUGUUGGAGCGCGAGGAUGCCCAGGAUGUUACCGGUGAUGCAUCCUAUGUGCACUUGGAUCGUGCCAACAAUGCCGUUCGCCAACAGGAAUUCAGCAGCAGCGGCAAUCGUACCGAUUAUCAAAUUGGCGGUGGUCCAAGCCAGGCCGAUCUGCGUGGACAUAGCACCCGGGGACAUAUACAAAUGGCCAGUCCUCAUGUGAUCACCAGCUCCAGUUCAAGCUACCAGAUGCGACCCCAGCAAUCGCAACAUAAUCAGCAGCUUUAUUUGGCUGGUGGCAAUGUGGGCGACAAGUCGAUGUAUGGCGGACGCAGUGGAAAUUUCCAAACUGGCACCUUGGAUUUGGGUAACCUAAAUCGUGGCAAUGUGGACAACGAGCUGCACCAGACCCAAAUGCAAUACGGACAUCCGGGCAAUGUGCAACAUCAUGUUGUUUACAGUUCCGGCACCAAACCAUAUUAUGGGCGGGAGAACGAAGACUUCUACGAUGAGGACAAUCAACAGCAAAAGGCACAGGCUCAAUCUGAAUCGCAGUCACCCGUUCAGCGUCAGUGGAGCACAUCCAGUUCGAGUUCGACGCAGCGACGCUUUAAGCGCGACAAGCCAACAACAAUUGAGAUGAGAUUGGCCAAUGGCACCUCACCGUGCCUGGGUGUCCAGUGUCGCCGUCUGCGCUGCUAUGUCCAGAAUCUUGGCUAUGAGGAUGCGGAUGCCGCAUUUGUGGCGAUACGUGCUCGCAUGGUGGCAAGCACAAUGGAGAAACUGGCACCCACCGUGCCACUCAACGUGUCCACGCUGGCUGUGGCAAAUGUGACGCUAUUGCCAUUCAUCGGUCGACCCAUGGAGAUGAUUGUGAAGACGCAUGAGAUCUUCUACAAAGCGCAGCCGGAGCCACUUCAAGUUCCCGAUGUGGUGCCACUGUGGGUCGUUGUAUUGGCUGCCUGCGCCGGCGCACUCAUCUUUCUACUGCUCGUCCUUCUACUCUAUAAGUGCGGCUUCUUCAAGCGCAACCGGCCCGCGGAUCAUUCGCAGGAGCGACAACCGUUGCGGAACGGUUACCAUGGUGACGAGCACCUGUAA